AUGGCAGAGGCACUUGGAGUUGCAUCUGGGGUUGUUGGGAUCGUGUCGUUUGGAAUUGAACUUUGUCAAGGCUUGCUCGAGUAUUAUAAUUCCUGGAAAGAUGCCGAGAGUGAAGUCACCACAACAUACAACUCCCUACAGGAUCUCACCAAAAUUUUACUACUUGUCAAGUCAACUCUCAAUGAUCAAGACCUGAAAUCAGAAAUUUUUGUCAAAGUCCAUGACAGUAUUGCUCUCUGUGAAGGUGGGAUUGCCGACUUGAGCAAGAAGCUUCAAAAGAUCCAAAUCUUCUCGUUGCGCGACACAGUAGGCGAGCGAUUACUCUCGCAAGCUCGGAGAGCUCUAUACCCAUUCAAGAAAAGCACAUUGAUCAAACUGCAGGAGAUUGUGGAGGAUUUACAGGAUAGGCUGCAUUUUACUCUGACAAUACUUGAUAUCAACAUCUCCCUGCAAAACUUUGACAUCGUGUCGGGUCAGCUUAGACUUUUAUCUGUUAAGGCGGAUAAAACGCAAAUAGGAAUUGGGAACAUUCAGAGCUCACUGGCCGACAUUGAUCGCAAAAUUGAUACGAUAGAGUCUAUCUAUGGCAGUGAAUAUCUUCGAGACUUUUAUAAAUGGCUUUCUCCAGUGUUUGAUGUAUUUGAGAAAAGGCAACACGAUAUCUUCGAAUUGCCUGGCCGACAGGACGGGACGUGGGAGUGGUUACAGAGCACUCAAGAAUUCAAAGAUUGGCUCUCCGGAACCAACAGGAUCCUAUGGUGCCCAGGGCAGCCUGGCGUUGGGAAGACUGUUUUAUCAUCGUCUAUUAUAAACCACUUAAAGACGCAGGUUAAGCAAUCUAAUAUUGGCAUAGCCUAUCUAUACUGUGAUUACAGCAAUGCGCUACUCACAGUUCCCAAUUUGAUUGGGAGCCUUUUGCAGCAACUGUUUCAGCAAUGUCCAAAGGUUCCUGGCGGCCUUCUCGAGCUUUAUAAAAUCCGUAAGAGCAAUAACACGGAAACUGUUCGUUUAACUCUUAGAGAAUGCUCCACGUUCCUCCGAGAUGUUAUUGAGACAUUCUCAGACGUCUUUGUUGUUGUCGACGGGCUCGACGAGUGUCCUCACCGCGAGAUUGACGAUAUUCGGGACCAACUUUUAGACCAGCUCAAAGCGCUACCGCUCAAGACCCAGUUGUUGUUCACUUCUCGAGACUUGCCAGCUAUUGCACUCAAAUUUGCGACGGACCGGCGCUUGGAGAUUCACGCAAGCAGACAUGCGAUCGAGGGCUAUCUCCAAGCGCGCAUCAAUAACUCAAAGAACUUGCGUCGCCACAUUCAAAGAAAGCCCGACUUGCGCCAGGCUAUUAUAGACACAGUUGCGCAGAAAGCGGAUGGAAUGUUUCUGCUUGUUCGGAUUUAUAUCGAUCUGUUGGCCACGAAAAACGUUCUUGGAAUGGUUGAGAGCACUCUCAGAAAUCUUCCAGAAGGGUUGAAAGAACUUGACACAGCUUAUGAUGAUGUUAUUACGAGAAUACAAAAUCAGGACGACGACGAUGUCGCAAUGGCCAAACAAAUCUUAACCUGGCUUUACUAUGCUGCUCGGCCUCUGACUCUUCAAGAACUUCGCCACAGCUUGGCAGUCAACCUGGUCGCCGAGGCUGAUCCGGAUGCCACAGAGCUGGACGAAGCCUUUUUACCGGAUGAAGAAGUCAUAGCCUCCGUAUGUGCUGGCAUAGUGACUUGCCAUGCUGAGAGCAACACAGUAUCAUUCAUCCACUACACCACAAAGGAGUAUUUCAAACGGAGAAUAGAUCGACAACAAGUUGAGCGAUUCUUACAUCUAGAAGUAAGCAUCGCAGAGACUUGUCUCAGAUACCUGUCUUUCGAACGCGAGGAGCUUGAACAAUUUGUGAUAGCGAAGAGAGAAAAACCCUAUUGGUAUACAUUCCAGAAGUAUACCCAAAAUGAAUGCCCUGAAUGGGACAUUGAUACUUGUUAUCCACUCUUCCGCUACGCAGCUCGAUACUGGGGAGACCAUGCCAAUAGUCUGCUCAGACAAGUCACCAAAGGUCUAAUCAUGAAAUUUGUGAUGCAGCCGACUGCUUUAGCGGCUUCAUUCCAUGCAUUGAUUGAGCAGGAGGACCUCUACCUGUAUUAUUUUCCAAUCUUCUUUUCAGGCCUUUACCUGGCAUCAUUUUUUGGAUUAAACGAAAUUGUGAUGAUGUUAUUAGAAGCUGGCCAACAAAUCAACACGAAGAACAAACAGAACUGGACGGCGCUUCACAUGGCCGCAGCAAGAGGACAUGCAGUAACGGUGCAGCUAUUGGUCGACAGAGGCGCAGACGUCAAUGCGGCGACCUACAAGCCUAAUUACGUGGCUUCUGGAUCGACAGCCCUGCAUUGGGCGGCGGGAAACGGCCAUGAGAAAGUGCUCGAAGUUCUACUAGAGAACGGCGCAGAAAUAGAUUUGCAGACACCCGGCCACGAAACAGCACUCCACUGGGCAGCUCAACAUGGUCACGUAGGAGCCAUCACGCUAUUGUUGAACAAAGGUGCGAAUUUGGAAGUGCAUGCCGGACACUGGCUCACACCGCUGGAAUCUGCAGCUAGUCGCGGAGAAGAGGCCGCUGUGAGAGUCUUGAUAGACAGAGGCGCUGAUCUCUCAAACACCACAGAUAGCGGACGUCCUCUGCUGCAUCUCGCCGCCCAGGGUGGAUGUGUAGAAGUAGUACAACUGCUUCUAAAGACGGGCUGUGAUGUAAACGGCGGAUCAGCUCUCUGGGCCGCAGCAGGAUCUCAAAGUCAAAGACGAGAUGAACUUGUUAGACUGUUGCUGAAGGAGGGGGCAGAUGUUUCUGAGAGGCUUGGAGACAGCGCCUGGCUUGAUGAGUAUAAGGGAGAGACAGCGCUCCAUCACAGCGCAAGGGAGGGGUUCGAUACAACGGUGCGCCUACUUCUGGAAAACGGGGCUGAAGUUGAUGCUCGGAACGAGGACGGGGAGACGUCGCUGCAUCUCGCUGCUGUGGAGGGAUGCGAAAUCGUUGUGCAAGUGCUCCUCGAACAGGGAGCAGAUGUCGCUGCAAAAAAUCAAACCGGAGAAACUGCGUUGCAAUUGGCAGCUCGGAUUGGCCAUGAAGGCAUAGUGCGGCAUCUUUUGGAUCAUCUCGGUGAAGAGAUAAAUUCUCAAGCCUUGCUGGCUACUGCAAAGAUUUUCAAGGUAGCCACUGCAGGCGAUGAGAAGGCAAUGCAGGUGCUCAUUGAGGACGGGGCUGAUAUUACAAUAAAAGGCCAAGAUGAGGAGACAGCAUUACAUGUGGCAGCCAAGGAAGGUCAUGUAGCGCUAUCCAGGUUUCUCCUCGAGAACGGCGCCAACAUCAAUGCACUAAACAGAUAUGAGAUGACUCCUAUUUCUAAGGCUCUGGAUUAG